ACUAUUGCGAAGAUUUAACCCGCACUGUUCAAACAGUUUAAAAUGUAGAUGAGAAUGAGUUUCCGUGAAAAAGCAAGUUUUAAUAGCGCUCAGGCGUUUUUAUGUAGAUCGAAAUCCUUAUAUGAUGGGACAAAGUCAACAAUGCGCUUAUCAAAUAUUACAUCAAAGUUACGAACGGUAUCUGCAACAUUGGCAAACACAAAUCCAUUUAGUUCAAAGUCACAAGGCAACAGUAUAACUGAAGAGAACACUGAUGAUGUUAAACAAACCGAAGGAAUUAAGAAAUCAAAGAGACGAACUCGUGAACGAACAACAUUCACAAAUGAAUCCUCUACAAGUGCAAGCGGAAAGCAAGAGAAACCUGAAAGGAAAAAAAAGAAAAAGAAACAAAAACAUGAUCAUUCAGAUACCACCAAACUAGUCAAAACUAGCAGCAUUCAACAGACUACAGAAUACGUUGUUCAAGAAGGUGAUUCAUUCAAUAGUGUAGCAGCUCGUUUCGAUCUAACUCCGUCAGAAUUAUGUCGUGUCAAUAAAUUCUUAUCUAGAACAUUAUUUGUUGGUCAAGUGAUCAAACUUCCUAUCAAUGAAAAAGUAGCUAAUAUGACCGCUGAAUCAUCCAAUAAAUCUGUUGCAUCUGGUGUAAAAAGCGAUAACAAUAAUUUAAAUGCUGAAGAAAAUGUACAGGUGACAACUGAAGAAAUAACAAAAAAUCCUCUCGAUCCUAAAGUAUGCCUUACAGAAGGAGAGAGUAAAUCAAAACUUCUACAAUCAGUCGAUUCAUUAACAUCAUCGGUUAAUGAAACAGAUACUGACGACCAAGAUUUUGAUGAAUCUUCUACAUACAGUGAAUAUACAGAUUAUGCAGAUGAAGAAAAUGAUCCGAUGGCAUGUCAAUAUCUAAAGUUUGACUGUAAAUUUGUUGUCGACUUACAAUGUUCUGUCCCUGGAAUAAUUUUGGUAACUACAAACAUGUUUGUGUUUAAACCAUACGACGAGGAACAAUACCCACUGGAAAAUCAUUGUAAACAGAUUCCCUUAAGUCAAUUUCGUACAAUUGCAGUUUACAGGGAUCCAUCUGUUAUGUAUUUUACAAAACGUGGAACGCAACCUACUUCAUGUCCCAGUAACGUAAAUAUUGAAUGUGAUGUUAAUGAAAUUAUAAAUUCUACCGAACAAACACCUUGUGUAAUAAUUACAAAGAACGAUGAUAGUUCAACGGAGUUGUCAAAUCCCAUAGAAAUUAAAGGAAUUACUUGUGAAAUGAAUUCAGGUGAAAAACAUGAUAUUGGACAAAAAGAUAUUGAAAAUGUGAUUACAACUGAUAGUUUGUCUGCUUCAAAUUUGAAGAAAUGCGAUUUAGAUGAUAAUCCAUUUUAUUUAUGUAUAUUAGCAUAUACUAAUUCAGUUGAAAAUAACAGUCAUAGAAGACAUCCAUUUUGGUUUACUGUUCAAUCAGAAGAAUAUUGGUUUUUAAUACCAAAUGAAAAAUCGAAAAUUUUAUUUGACUUCCUUCUAACUUGUCAAUUUCAUGGAUACGAAGAUGAUGUUAAACAGUGCACAGAUAUGGAAGUCAGUCAAUUAUCGAUUAAAAGUACUGAAAUCAAAGAUACGAAUAAAGCCAACACAAUCAUUAGCAAACUUCAUUCAAAAUCAUUAGGAAAUUUAAAUUUUUUCAAAUCAUCUAUUGUCAGUCCAGUUUCAAGUGAACAUUUCUGUUUGGAUGAUGAUAACAAUGAUGAUGUUAGUAAAUUUGAGAAGACAAUCCAUCGUCAUCAUAAUCACAAACACACUCAUCGACAUCAUAAUUAUUGUCAUUUUGUAGUUGUCCCAAACACAUUCGAUUGGGUCCUACCGCGUAUCGGUAGUUCAGAUGAUCAUUCUCGCACAUUAUUAAUUUUGAACAAUCAACAAAAGUACACAAAUACUUUAAAAGAAGCACCAAAAAUAUCAAGUGAUCAGAAUGAGCACUGUCAGCAAAAUAAAUUGAAAAAAUUACAGAAUAUAGAACACUCAACAGAUAGUUCUUCCUUUAGAGAUACAACAGAUAUUAGCAAAACAGUAGAAAAACAUGAUAGUGUACCUUCUAUGGAAGAAGAAAAAGCUGCUUUGCAACUAUUAAAACGGGAAACUGUUAACUGGGAAUGGUUAACAUCACCAUUUCGUACCCUUCUGAAUAAUAUCAAUAAAUUGUUGGUUAGUUCAAAAGAAUUGGAAUUGAAAGAAUUAGAAGAGGAAAAAAGAAAACAAUUCAUGUUUGACUGUAUAAAAUCGGCUGAACCAGAAUUAUUGCCAAUACCUACCGCAACAUCAAAUAGUGAAAUUUUUGAUGUACAUAAAGUUCGUGAUCUUUUACAAAAUUUAACUCCUGAUGCUGAAGGUUUAGACUGGAUAUUAACUUACAGUACUUCUGUGCAUGGAUUUAGUUUACGAUCAUUAUAUCGUCGAUGUGCCAAUAGUUUGACAGAAUCUUCGAAAGAUAAUUCAUAUGGUACUAUUCAUACAAAAAUGAAACAUACUCUUACAUCGAAUUCACCGCAUGCAGCAAAUCAACCAUGUAUACUAAUCAUACGAACAUCAACAAAUGAGAUAUUUGGAGCAAUGCUUAAUACACAUCCUUAUCCAAGUAAUGGUCGAUUCUAUGGUAAUGGAUCAUGUUUUGUAUUUCGAUGGAUCAAUACAACUGAUUCAAAACAAGAUCAAUUAAAAGGAAAUAGUAAUUCAAUCAAUGAACAAGAUUCUAUAUCUUUAUCAGUUACUUCUAAUAAAUUAUUGAAUAUACCAACAGAUGUGAACUCUGUAUCAAUAUCAUCCUCGUCAUUAUUAGGAACAGACAAUCAUAAUUCUGAUCUAGUCUCAUCUUCGUCAUCAUUCAUAUCAUCUGAUGUGAGAACUGAAACUGUAACCAAAGAAUUCGCACAUUUAUGUUAUAAUGAUAAAAAAGAAUUUCCCGAACAGGGUAAAAAACAGACAUUCCAAAAAUUUACAUGGAGCGGUGAAAAUUCCUAUUUUAUCAAUGGUGAUUAUGAUUCGCUUACCAUAGGAUGCUCUCAAGGUCAUUCAGCAAUUCAACUUGAUGAUAUUUUAUUACAUGGACAUAGUGAUAAUUGUGAAACAUUUAAUAGUCCACAAUUAACUUUAUCAUCACCAGAUUUUAUUAUUACCACACUUGAAAUAUGGUCAUUUAUUUAA